AUGUCUCUUCACGCGUUGAGAUCACGAUGCAUACCAAGACUUGCAAGGUCUAUCCCCAACCAGCUGCUUGGUUCUUCAGGGCGUUGUACUAUAUCCCAACUCCCAUCAGUCAAGAGCAGAUUCUCAAAUAGGCAACAAAACGCAGCAUAUAGCAGCACAUCGUCGUUGGAACCGAGUGCAGAGUUUGGUCAGAGCUGGGACGAGUACAAAAAAUUCUUUCAUUUCCCGCCAGCCUCGCCUGCUGCCGACUUUCAGGUCGGCCAAAAAGUUACAGUCCAUGGCUUUUUGCAGAAGCGUCGUGACAGAUCUUCACGCCUUAGUUUUGUCGACAUCGUGGUUGACAAUGGACCAAGAAUACAGCUCAAGUCUGAAUGGUCUGAAAAGGACUCGCCCGCACACCUUGCCCACCAGCAACUCAAGUCGGUGCCUGCAUGGAGUUCCGUUGCCGUCACCGCUCAUGUAUCCAGUCUGAAAGAUGGCGAAAACACUGGCUCGACGCCAUCAUCACCAUCUGCUGGCGGCAGAUUCCCAUCUGGCGUGGAUGAAGUGGAACUUGAACUCGUUUCCAUUCAGGCUCUGAACCCCUGGCCCAAGGACAUCAUCGUAUCCGAGGGUGUCCAAUUCCCUGCUACGGCUCGACAUCUCCAGCUUCGGUUUUCCGAUACUCUGAGGGACAGGAUGAGGUUUCGACAGCAUGUCAAGUCAAACGUAACUUCGUGCCUGGAGAAGGAAAACUUGUCCGAGGUUGAGACGCCCAUCCUCUUCAAAUCCACCCCUGAGGGAGCACGUGAAUUUCUGGUACCAACAAGGCGACCAGGGCUCGCGUAUGCUCUACCCCAGAGCCCCCAGCAGUAUAAACAGACUCUCAUGGCUGCCGGCUUUGGUGGCUACUUUCAGUUUGCACGAUGCUUCCGAGAUGAGGAUCUCAGGGCGGACAGACAGCCCGAGUUUACGCAGUUGGACAUGGAAAUGUCGUUCUCAACGGGUGAGGAUGUUAUGCGCACUGUCGAAAAGCUCAUGAAACAAGUGUACACCAAUGUCGCCGCCAAUUUUGUUCAAGUUGUUGAUGCGGACGGCUGGCAUCCAGUCAGCCGUGACAGACACCGUGGAAAACGAGGCAAUUCCGACGAAAGUGUUCGAGACUUCCCUUCCAUUGAUGAUGGGCCGUUUCCACGUAUGUCUUACCAAGAUGUCAUGUCGCUGUACGGGUCCGACAAACCAGAUCUGAGGAUACCAGGCCAGAUUGAACGGGUGGAACAUGUGCUGCCAGCUCAGUUUGUCAGCAUGAUAUCGGAAAUCGAAAACCCAAUCAUUGAUUGCUGGCGGUGUACACUCGAUGGAGGUUCCCCACGAGAAUACCAGAAGUUUUUCAGCAAAAUCCUUUCAAAUCUCCCACUUGGUCUGAACCGAAACCCUGACGGCGAGCCUGCAAUACUUGUGCACGACUCCAGCAAGCCCCUGAACGGCUUCUCAUCGCUGGGCUUCGAGGCUGCAGAGAAACUGACAUCCGACAUGCAGGAUGGUGACGUGCUCGUCCUGCAAGCCCGCCCAAACCGCCCCUUCGAGGGAGGAUCCACCGCCCUUGGCACACUUCGCUCUCUUAUCUACAACGAGUCUGUGGCGGCCGGAUACAUACCUGUGGACCCAUCUUUCAAGUUUCUUUGGGUCACGGGCUUCCCGCUAUUCACUCCGGCCAACGAGGGCACGACGGACCCUGGCCAGGGCGGAUCGGCAGGGUUCUCAUCAACACACCACCCCUUCACGGCACCUCUCACGUCCCAGGACUUUGAGCUCCUCGCUACGGACCCGCUGCGUGCCAAGGCGGACCACUACGACCUCGUGCUGAACGGAUGCGAACUUGGGGGCGGAAGCCGACGUAUCCACGUGGCUCACGUCCAAGAGUUUGUCUUUCGCAGCAUUCUCAAGAUGACCGACGCCGGCGUCGCGCAGUUCCGCCACCUGCUCGAGGCGCUGAGGGCUGGAUGCCCACCGCACGCCGGCUUCGCUCUUGGCUUUGAUCGCCUCGUGGCCAUGCUGAGCGGCACCGGGUCAGUAAGGGACGUGAUUGCGUUCCCCAAAUCCAUGAAGGGUGAGGAGCCGUUCGCCGGGAGCCCGAGCUUCAUGACUGAGGAGCAGCUCGAGACGUAUCACCUGAGGUUGAGGGAUGGAAAGCCCGUAAAGCCCUGAUCUUGGCCAUGAUGGAAGAGAACCUUCUCCCGAGGACGGUGAAUUGUACAAAACCUUCUCUUGUCGAGCAUGACAUUUUUAGUUAUGUGUAGUUUUAUUGUUCCACUCGAGAAAGCAUGUACUAUAGUUUGAUUGUAUAUAGACUCGGAAGGAUGCUGUAAUACAGUUAGUUGCCU